GAGUGAGGUUUGUCCGCAUGUCAGUAAUGAGCAUUUGCUUGUGCAGCUCUUAAUGGUGAGAACGGAUGUUGAAGAAAGCAAACACCAUAUGCCCUUUGUUUCCCGUGCAUGUCCCCUCCUGGAGGCUGGGUGGAGUGUUUCAGCUGUCUCGAAUAAUCUCCAUUUUGCUGUUGCUGCAGACUUUGCGGUUCUCCAACUCUCUUCUCUCCGAUGUUAGUUACAGCUUCCUAAUUAGGUGGCUCUUCUUCCUCUUUCUCCUCCUGGGUCAUAAAGGUUUCACAGUCUCAAGUGUGGGAGGGUGGAUUAAUUUUGAAAAAUGAGUUUCACUUGAGUUGUGACAGAAAUAAGUGCAGAGAAUGAAAAAAAAAAAAAACCCACCCAGUGUGAAUGUGUAGUGGGAGGGGCAAGGCGAGCUGGGUACGGGACAGGAUGCUUAGAAUAAUUCAGCUGCCAAGUGAAUCAGAGGGACUUGGAGUUCUCAGCGAGCACGGACCGCACUCCUGCCUGGAGUUCAGACACAGUCAGCCCCAGAUCACUAUUUCAUACCCCACAGAAUGGAGCCUUCCGCAGCCAAAGCCCCGAGUGCUGUAGAUGCGUCUGAGAUUGAAAUAAAGAAAGAGAUGAAGAAAGACCCUCUCUCCAGCAAAGCUCCAGAAAAGCCCAUGCACGAAGUGUCCAGCGGAAAUGCUUUGCUGUCUUCUGAAACAAUUCUGCGGACCAAUAAGAGAGGUGAGCGACGGCGGCGCCGGUGCCAGGUGGCGUUCAGCUACCUGCCCCAGAAUGACGAUGAGCUGGAGCUGAAAGUUGGUGACAUCAUAGAGGUGGUAGGAGAGGUAGAAGAAGGAUGGUGGGAAGGUGUUCUCAAUGGAAAGACUGGAAUGUUUCCUUCCAACUUCAUCAAGGAGCUUUCGGGGGAGUCGGAUGACCUCAGCAUUUCCCAGGAUGAGCAGCUCUCCAAGUCAAGUUUAAGGGAAACCACAGGCUCUGAGAGUGAUGGGGGUGACUCGAGCAGUACCAAAUCUGAAGGUGCCAAUGGGACAGUUGCAACGGCAGCAAUCCAGCCGAAGAAAGUUAAGGGAGUGGGCUUUGGAGACAUUUUCAAAGACAAGCCAAUAAAACUAAGACCGAGGUCGAUUGAAGUGGAAAAUGACUUUCUGUCGGUGGAAAAGACUAUUGGAAAGAAGUUACCUCCAGCUACAGCAACUCCAGACUCGUCAAAACCAGAAAUGGACAGCAGGACAAAGACCAAGGAUUACUGCAAAGUAAUAUUUCCAUAUGAGGCACAGAAUGAUGAUGAAUUGACAAUCAAAGAAGGGGAUAUAGUCACUCUCAUCAAUAAGGAUUGCAUCGAUGUAGGCUGGUGGGAAGGAGAGCUCAACGGCAGACGAGGAGUGUUCCCUGAUAACUUCGUGAAGUUGCUUCCACCGGACUUUGAAAAGGAGGGGAAUAGACCCAAGAAGCCACCUCCUCCAUCCGCUCCUAUCAUCAAACAAGGGGCAGGUACCACUGAGAGAAAACAUGAAAUUAAAAAGAUACCUCCUGAAAGACCAGAAACGCUUCCAAACAGAACAGAAGAAAAAGAAAGACCAGAGAGAGAGCCAAAACUGGACUUACAGAAGCCUUCCGUUCCUGCCAUACCACCAAAAAAGCCACGGCCACCCAAGACCAAUUCUCUCAGCAGACCAGGCGCGCUGCCCCCAAGGAGACCCGAACGACCAGUGGGUCCCCUGACUCACACCAGGGGUGACGGUCCAAAGAUUGACUUGGUGGGCACUUCGCUAUCCGGCAUCCUGGACAAGGAGCUCUCGGACCGCAGCAAUGACAUCGACCUAGAAGGUUUUGACUCCGUGGUAUCAUCUACUGAGAAACUCAGUCACCCAACCACAAGCAGACCAAAAGCCACAGGGAGGCGGCCUCCAUCCCAGUCCCUCACAUCCUCUUCCCUUUCAAGCCCUGAUAUCUUUGACUCCCCAAGUCCUGAAGAAGAUAAAGAGGAACACGUUUCGCUUGCACACAGAGGAGUGGACACGUCAAAGAAAACUUCAAAGACUGUUACCAUAUCCCAAGUGUCUGACAACAAAGCACCCCUGCCGCCCAAGCCGGGGACCAUGGCUGCAGGUGGCAGUGGCGGACCAGCCACUCUGUCAUCGGCAGCACCCUCCCCACUGUCGACCUCUUUGGGAACAGCUGGACACAGAGCCAACUCCCCAUCACUGUUCGGCACGGAAGGAAAACCAAAGAUGGAGCCUGUGGCCAGCAGCCAGGCGGCCGUGGAGGAGCUAAGAACGCAGGUCCGUGAGCUGAGAAGCAUCAUCGAGACCAUGAAGGACCAGCAGAAACGAGAGAUUAAGCAGUUACUGUUAGAGUUGGAUGAAGAGAAGAAAAUCCGGCUUCGACUGCAGAUGGAAGUUAAUGACAUAAAGAAAGCUCUUCAAUCAAAAUGAAUACUUGAUAAAUGAAAUGUCGCAUUAUUCAUCCUGAGUCCAAGACUCAAAUUUUCCGCCCCAGCCAAAAUAACUUUGUGCCAAAUGAUUAAAGAUUUGCCUCAAUAUGCCCCUGUUUGAAAGAUUAGCACAAAAGUCUUGAUAGCACAACACAAAUUCCAUCCAAGAGGAGACUCUUCCCCAUGGUAUAGUCCUGGGUGUGGCACUGGUUGUGACUUAAACAGAGCAAAUUGUGCUAAAGGCUUUUUUACUAUGAGAUCUCAUACGAAACGAAAACUCAGGCAGUUUAGUCCAUAGUGGUACUAUUUUGAUGAUAUUUUCCAUUAAUAAAAUGUAAUUUCAGAUUAUUCGUUUACAAGCUUUAUAAUUUUAUGAUUUUUUAAUCGUGUUUUGUCACAGAUUCUCCCAGUAUUUGUAUUACACAUAGUCCGGAGCAAGUGUCCCUUUCUUUUGCUGCAGGCGGAAAGCUGCCUCGCUUUGUGUCCCCUGUAGGAGUCUAUUACAUAUGCAAUUUUAGGUCCAUCCCGUCCCUUCCCCUGCCAGCAAACCCCACCACCCUGAGAUCAAUUUUAGCUUAUAUGUGAUGGUAUAUUUACAAAAAGAGAAAGAGAAAAUCUGGUAUUUGCAAUGAUCUGUGCCUUCUUUUUACCACCCUCUUGAUUGGAACUUUUGUGAUGCAGCUACCAUGAUUCAAAAAUAAAUUUUUUUAGCCACUUAUCAAGGUCCACUAGAGGCCACUGUCUUCAAAGCUUCUCUCCUCUAGCCAAAGGUCCUACGAGGAGACAGCUGUGAAGUUGGGCUUGCUCUGUGGUACCCACUGCGAUUUUUAAGUUCUCCUAGUUUUAGGUUGUUCAUGAAACUAGAAAUGUCACCCCUGCUUGAUUUUUCAUCAGCCAAGUUAAACCUCUGCUUCCUGUCCUUUGCACCUUUUGCGUGAACAGAAUAUGCAUUAUUAAAGCAAAAAUAAAUAAAAGUAAAAUGCAAAUAAAAACAAGGGGGGGAGUUGUAUUAUUUCCUGCACUGGGUUAUCUGUGUGUGUUAUUGUUACAACUGUACUCACAUGUCAUUUGCCUCGAUCUCUUGUAACCCCUUCCUUAGGUGCAAGGGAGUGGGAGGUGGGGGGCUCUUGUUGAAGUGUAGUCAUUGGUUCUUUCUGGCAUUUUUUAAUUGCUUUUUCCCUCCCCAGGAAACUGGUGUUUGCUUGUCUGCUUUACCUUUGUAGGAAAUGAACAGUUCAGCCUUAGUCUGUGUGACUGCUUUCUCAUCUUUAGCUGAAAAUAAGGGGACAUACUGUAUUGCAAGAUUGUUUGGGGAUUUGGGGUGGUGGUCCCUCAAUGGCCCCUGAAGAUGUUUUAUGUGUUUCUAAAAAGCUGCUUUGUCUAUUUCCUGAGUUUUGGAGUAAAAGUAAUAAACAGUAAUAGAUUUUCACAACCAGAAAGAAUGAGCUUUAAUAACACUGAAGAAGUGAUGCAAAAAAAAAAAAAA